AUGGCAAUCAGUGUUAUAGAUGUUUAUUUAAGAUUUGAAGGUAUAUUAUAUGCUUUGAUGGCAAUGGCAGGUUUUCUCGCACCAACCUCAAUGAUGUCAAUGAUGAAUUGGGAUAACUUGUUGGCGUCGGAGGGUGUUAUUGUUGUCGAGGGUGCCGAAGUAGACGAAUAUACACGUCUGCCGUUAGCAUAUCAUAAGAUGGCCGAGAGUCUAGUGCAGAUCUUGAUCUAUUACACAGCGAUUUUCAGUGCAUUCCAAUCCCUAAGCAUUUUCACUGCUUGCUUCACAUCGAACCCCUCCUUGCGUUCAGCACUCAUCAAGUUGAAUCUCUUCCUCAGUCUCUGUCUGAUCGUAGUCAACGGUUGGAUUAUCUCACAGAAGCAGUCUAUCUACACAGAGACUGGUCUCUACAGCUUCUGGGCAACCUUUAUCUUUUACGUUAUCGAUUUCUUUAUUCUUUCAUUCCUCACCGAAGUCAUCCCAUACCUCAAAUCUAUGACAAACAAAGCACUUGCAACAACAGAGACCGAAUCGAAAAAAGAUAAAAAAGAUAAAAAAGAUAAAAAGAAAUAA